AUUGCAAUAUGUUGUCGUCAUUUGUGCAGCCUUUCGGUGAUGCCAAGUGCCAAAGAACUAAGAAAGCACCCCAACUUUCGAAAAGGAUGCUUCUUAUUCAAAGUAGAACAUUUGUUCAAGGUUCGAUGAAGAUUCCUAGACAAACGUCCGUUCCUCGGUAUAGCUGGUUCUCUUCUUCUCAUAGAAUACUCGUUAGCUGUUGUCAAGCUACAAGAAGGAGUCAAGCAGUGUUGAGAAAUUUUGCAGUAAUUUUGACUAGCUUACUUCUGAGUGGAAGUGUUUUUCCAGUCAUUCCUGGUUCAAACGCAAACAACGUUUUGGAACCCGUUAUUGCUUCCUCCUUAAGUAAAAGGAGGGCACGAGAACUAUUGAAAGAGAGAACGAAGAAUGUUAAAGUUUAUAUGGUCGCCAACCAAGCAGGGCAACCUUUUUUAGCAGAAGGAGUUGAAUCAAAUACUCAAGUAGGACUUUUCUUUUUCACAGCCGCAGAUGCCUCUAUGAUGCUGAUGCAGAUGAGUCAAGGUGCUGGUGGCAGCGCACGAAUAGAGGCAAUUUCAUUGGACAAAGCUUACGAUAUGGUAACUGCGAAACCUACACCAUCAGGAUUGAAGGACACCAAAGGACGUGAUUUGAAAGUAGUCUUUAGGUUUUGUCCAGAAGUUUAUCAAGUUCGUUUUUAUAGGCAAUUAGCCAAAAACAAGUCUCUACGUAGCGUUCCCGUGUUUGUUGCUCCCGAUUUGGUGUUAGAAAAGAAUAAUGAAAACUUGAUUCCCGCUUUUUUAGAUAAGGAAGAUUUAGAAAAGUCUUGGAAAGAGUUGAAAAAGACUCACCCAGAGCUUCCUCUUCGACCGAAGAUUGAGGCUGUGGAUCUUUUGGACGUUUUGGAGGAAAUGGAAAAAGGAACCAAUCCUGAUAUUUAUCAACUAGGAUUCUAUGCACCUCGUAAGAACCUUGUGUGGGUGCAAGGCAAUAAUAAUCACGCAGAUUCCGCAGAAAAAGAUCAUAAUAGCAGUUGACAAUAAAUGAUUAUUUUGCUAC